AUGUACCUUGGUGUCAUCAUUGAUCGGGGUCUGACAUGGUCUCGACAGAUUACUGCCCUCGGUGCCACCACAGGCUCUUAUGUUAACGUGCUGCGCCGCCUCAGUGGGUCCUCUUGGGGUCCUUCUUGCACCGACCUCCUCCAAGUACACAACUCUCUUAUAAUGGGCACUUUACGCUACUGCUUGCCUGUGUUGCCCGGUAUUUCCCCAUUCAAGGAACGGCAACUACUUAAUCUUCAAGCUCGUAGCCUGCGCACUUGCUUGGGAGUUCCGAAGACUACGGAAACCUUCUCUGCUAUCGGCGAGGCGCGGGUUCCUUCCGUGCUUAUCAUCCGGGACACGGCAACUCUCCAAACUUACACACGCUGUCUUGUAGGGCACCCAUGUCACCAUCUUCGGGAUGUUACGCAGCAUUGCCCUGCUUCUGCGUACGGCCAAGCUGUUCUGCGACUACAGGGACCACCAUCGCAUACCUUGGUCUCCUAUACAGAGCCGCUGUGGACCUUAAGUCUACCCCCAGUGCACACAUCUGUUUCUGGUCUCCCGAAAAAGAGCCAUGUCCCAGCUGUUGUGGCAUGCCAACUAACGCUGCAACAUCUCUACUCCCUGCACUCAAAUCGAAUGGAGAUUUACACUGACGGCUCGGUGGCAUCCGAUGGGUCAUCAUCUGCAUUUUACAUUCCUGAGGAAGCAUACGAACGCGGUUUCAAGCUGCUGCCCACGCUUUCAUCAACCGAAGCAGAAGCCGUUGCUAUUUUAUCUGCUCUGCGGUACGUCUCUUCGUCGACACCAAGAGUGUGGACUAUCCUUUCGGAUAGUAAGUCAGCCUUGGAGGCCGUGGCAUCGUAUUCGCCCAAAGUUAUCAAUGACAUCUACACGGAGGUCGUUUGCCUGCACGCCAAACUAUCGUCUCUAGGUCACAGUGUGUGGUUCCAGUGGAUUCCGGGCCACGUUGGUAUCUUGGGGAAUGCCAUCGCCGAUUCUGCGGCCAGGUCUGCUCGUGCCGCUGGGCCUGUCACUUCUGUCCAACUUACCCAGUCUGCCUGUCAGCUAGCCAUUCGCCGAUACUGCAGAAAUAGCUCUCAGGCCUUCUUUCAAGACGCUGCCAGGACCAACCCUUUUCUGCACUCGAUCGACCCUACGAUAACCCACACACUGGUAGGCCGCUACCCCAGGGAGGAAGGGUCCCUGCUUCAUAGGCUGCGAUUGAAUGUGGCGCGGACUCCACUGCUCCUCUUUAAGAUGGGCCACCUUUCGUCGCCCAACUGCCCCACCUGUCAUGUUGAAGGAGACAUCCCGCACUUACUCCUCUACUGCACUUGUUACCACCAACAUCGUCUUCUCCUACGGUCGCGCAUCGCUCGCCUGACGGUUUCGGACUUAUCUCUAGCUACGCUGCUCGGCCCCACACAAUACAGUCAGGUGACAAAGGCACUUGCCCAGUUUCUGCGGUCCUGUGGCCUUCUGGGUGAACUGUGA